CUAGGGGUAGGGUACGACGUUCGAAGAUUGUGCAACCGUUCGCAGUCGUGGCGACGAUGCUCCGGGCCAAGUCGAAUGCGUUCAUCACCAAGACGCGCAAGGCGAUGGUCGCGCCGGGCGACGUCGUGGCGCAGCAGCAAAAGAUCCUCGAGGAGGUCGAGAUCUUUGCGGCGGUCAAGAGCAACAACAUCUCGCGGGCGCUGUCGCAGCUGCGCGCGUGCCCCGACGACUACCACCGCCGCGACACGGUCGGCGCGACGCCAUUGCACAUUGCGUUCCUGUACCAGCACGUGGAGCUCGGCCAAACGCUCGUGCUCACCGACCUGGCGCGCGCGACCGCCGUGUACGAAGGCAGCUCGCCCGACGACCCAUCUCCGUACCAAGGCGAAAACAUCCUGCACAUUGCAAUCGUCCAGCGCAACUUUGGCUUGAUCCAGUGGCUCGCAACUACCGUGCCCGACCUGCUGGACGCCGAGACAACCGGCGAUUUCUUCGCUCCGAGCAAGCCGUGCUACUUUGGUGGCACGCCCUUGCUCUUUGCUCUCGCGUCGCGGCAGCUCGUCGCGGCCGCUUGCAUCCUCGAGGUCGCGCAUGCCCAGCCACCCGACUCGAAAGCGUACAAGACGACUAUUUUUAUGGCCGAUUCAUACGGUAACAAUGCUCUCCACCUCGCGGUCGUCCACAACGCGCCCGACGUCUUUGACUUUGCGAUCGCGCACGCGAUCCGGCGCUUGUGGCAGCCGGACGACGCGCCGUUGCCGACGCUCGCAGUCUUUCUCAAGACGGCGCAAGGCGACAUGGCGGAUAUCUUUGUGCGCUUCUUGCGCCGCCCGAACCACGAAGGCUUGACGCCGCUGGCGCUGGCGGCGGCGCUCGGCCGACGGGAGAUGUUUGAGCAUAUGCUCCGGGCGACGACAACCAUCGCGUGGGUCUACGGGCCGAUCACGGCCAAGAUGCUGCCGCUUCAGGAGCUCGAGGAGAAGUGCUAUACGCAGAGCCGCAUCAAGACAGCGCUCGAGUGUCUCUGCUCGUCCGCCGACCUCACCGCGUGCAUGCCACCCCACUUGCGCCAUAAAGUACUCACCGCCCGCCUCAACAUGCUCGGGAUUUACGAAGUCAAGACGCUUCUCGACAAGAAGUGGAAGUUUGUCGGCCGCCCCAUGUUCUUUCGGGCGUGUGUUCGCCACGUGUGCUUUUUGAUUUGGAUUGCGGUCUCGACGUUGCUCACACCGCACUACCGCGGCAGUGUGAUGGCGGCCAUGGCUCGCAAUGGUGCCCAGACCGUCUGCCACAUCAUUUUGGAAUUCGGGGUCGUCCUCGUCGCGCUCUAUGAGUUUGGGAUUGAGAUCCGACGCCUCGUGGGAGGUGUUCAAGACUACCUCAACGAAACCGGCGCCGCCAAGCUCGACAACAUCCUCGGUUUGACCUUUGGCAUGGCCAUUACAUGCGCCAUCUUUUGCCGCCUCGCGGGGGCCUUUGAAGUCGAAGACCUCUUUGUCGGGUUUGCCUGCCUCAACCAGUUCCUCUACAUGUUCUUCUUCAUGAUGGGCUUUCGGUGCACGGGGCCGUUUGUCGUUAUGCUCUUGCGCAUGCUGACGCAGGACUUUUUCCGGUUUGCGGCCGUCUACGUGUGGAUUCUUCUCGGUGUGAGCAUGAAUUUAUACGUGAUCCUCGACGACCGCAACGGCUUUGACCACCUCGUCACGCGCACAAAAGCGCUGCUCCUCGCAGCCUUCUGCAACACGUUCGACUACGCGGUGUACGAAGCGUCGGACCUCUCGUUUGUCGCGCAGUGCCUCAUCGUCACGUACCUGGUUGUCGUCGUCAUCGUGCUCUUGAACCUUCUCAUCGCCAUGAUGGGCAACACGUACGACAACAUCCUCGAAGCCUCGGAGCAGCGGUGGUACGCCGAGCGCGUCAACAUCAUGUGCAGCAUGGAGCAGACCUUGAACGUCCGCCAAGUGCGCGAGAAUCGAAAAAAAUACGCGGUCGAGCUGGUCAAAGCCAUGGCGAUGGAGCCGGCGCCCGUGCGGCCGCGCCGCCAGAGCCUCGUCAAGAUACUCGCCGAGCUCAAGCACGCCAAGCAUGCGAUGGACACGUCGGACGGCGAGCGCUUCCUCCAAGUCGAGCUCGUCUGCAACGACAAGUGGCUCGAAGACGACCCGACGCUGGCACCGGUCCUUGCCGACCCAGCACAAGCCAAGCUGCCGCCCAUUCUCGACAACGACGGCGACGACAGCGACGACGAGCCGCAGCGCACCCGGACGGAGCCAACCGAGGCUGAAGACCGGAACGUCCAUGUCGCAAAGAUGCUUGACGCACUCGAGGCCAGCGUCAACGAGCUCGCGCACGAGCCCACGAAACGAGUCCCGUUGGCGCCGCUCACGCCGCGUCGACAGGCGCAGAUCGACCAUAUUCAAGGCACUUUGGCCGACCUCCGCGCCAUGCUUCAGAAAACAACAGCGGCCCACGCUUAAAGCAUAGCAUGCCUAUGCGUGCACUCGACGACGACUGCUUCGGGAGCCAUGAUGACGCUACUCGUACCUCGCGGGCGCAUUCUGUCUUAGCAAAAGAAGGCUCGUUUUGACGCAAAACGACUUUGCCG